AUGACUGAAUUCAUAUUGCCCAGACGGCGGCUCGUGCCUUCGCUCUUCUCACCGGUUAGGCUUCUCCACACCUCUACUGUCCGAACGCCUUCGCUCCUUCGGCCUCAUGGCACGACCUCGACGACAAGAAAGUUCGAGAACGAUGAUGCCCAAAGUGCGACGGCCACGUACAAACCAACGCCCGAGGCCACUCAAAACGCCCCGUCUCCGCGAUGGACUGCACUGAAGACUGCAAAGCCGUUCUCCGAAUUUCUAACGGAUACGUUCAACCGCCAACAUGAUUACCUUCGAAUAAGCGUCACCGAGCGCUGCAAUCUCCGCUGCCUAUAUUGUAUGCCGGAGGAAGGAGUGCAGCUUUCUCCGCCGGCUCGUCUUCUGACUUCCCCCGAGAUUGUGUACCUCUCGUCGCUCUUCGUCUCGCAGGGCGUGACGAAAAUUCGCCUGACCGGCGGAGAGCCGACCGUCCGGAAAGACAUUGUCCCCUUGAUGCAGUCGAUAGGGGACCUACGGCGCAAUGGUCUUCGGGAGCUUUGCCUGACGACUAAUGGGAUAUCACUCCAUCGCAAGCUGGAGCCCAUGGUGGAGGCUGGAUUGACCGGGGUAAACCUCAGUCUUGACACUUUGGAUCCGUUUCAGUUCCAGUUGAUGACAAGGAGAAAGGGUCUCGAUGCCGUGAUGAAGAGCAUCGAUAAGAUUCUGGAGCUGAAUAAGUCGGGCGCCGGGAUCAAAUUGAAGAUCAACUGCGUCGUGAUGCGCGGGUUGAAUGACCGGGAAAUCCUUCCGUUUGUCGAAAUGGGGCGUGAAAGCCCCGUUGAAGUUCGGUUCAUCGAAUAUAUGCCUUUUGACGGUAAUAAAUGGAACCAGCACAAGAUGGUUUCGUACCAGGAGAUGCUGGCUAUCAUCCGCGAAAAAUACCCAGCACUGGAGAAAGUGGCUGAUCACAAGAACGACACCAGCAAAACCUACCAGGUCCCGGGAUUUGAAGGCCGGAUUGGUUUUAUCACUAGCAUGACACACAAUUUCUGCGGCACCUGCAACCGACUUCGGAUCACUUGUGAUGGAAAUCUAAAGGUAUGCUUGUUUGGGAACUCCGAGGUGUCAUUGCGCGACAUCAUUCGCAAGGAGAACAACGGGGAGCCUAUAGACGAGGCGACACUAAGGGAACUGCGACUUCUGGAAGCCGUCCCGCGGGCGUCUGGCGAGGAGAGUUUGGCUAGCCAGAGAGAGCAAGAGCUACUAGACAUCAUUGGCAUGGCAGUCAAACGGAAGAAGGCAAAGCAUGCUGGCAUCGGCGAACUGGAGAACAUGAAGAAUAGGCCCAUGAUACUCAUUGAUAAUCAGCGCAUGAAUCAUCCCAUUGUACCGAGGCUUUCAUACGGGCAAUCGACAAUCCCUUUGCGAGGCAAGCCGUGGUCCAAUAUACCAACCUACAUGGUUCAGCCCGGCACACCGAUAACAACGCAAACGCGUGCUUAUCAUGGCCGUAGCGAAGCGCCAUGCGCAACGGAGUCCAGCGAUCGGAACACGAACCGGAAAAACACGACCGCUCUCCCUGCAACAUCUGACCCUGACCUGCCGCAUCUUACUGUGUCACAGAAUGUCCAUAUGACCAAGAUCAGCGCCAAGCCGGUUACGGAAAGAGUUGCAACGGCCAGCUGCCUGGUAAGCUUUUCUAACUCACGCCCCUGGGAAUUGCUCCGCGAAGGCCGCGGGACUCGAAAAGGAGACGUGUUCAGCGUUGCUCGUAUCGCCGGUAUCAUGGCGGCCAAGAAGACGCCGGAUAUCAUCCCCCUGUGUCAUCCCGGGAUCGAGAUCACCGGGGUGGAGGUCGACGUCAAGUUAGUUGACCCGAUGCCCUCCUCAAGGGGAGCGAACGAGUCGACUCAACAUGGAGCAAUGCGAGUCGUAGCUACGGUGAGCUGCCUUGGACGGACGGGAGUGGAGAUGGAAGCCAUGACUGCAACGAUGGGAGCCGCAUUGACCGUGUACGACAUGCUUAAAGCGGUGGACAAAGGGAUGGUGGUGGGCGGCGUGCAGCUGAUGGAAAAGAAAGGAGGGAAGAGUGGACACUGGAUUCGCCAGGACGAGGUGGACCAGGGGCAAUGA